GACCACAGCGCUCUCUGCUCCCACUGCUCGGCCUCCGUUGAACGACGUGGAUAUAUCUGUACACCUGUUCCCGAAGAGGGGAGCAACAGCUGACACUGCGUAAUCAGAUGAGAAGAUAGAUGACAGCUGGCCGAUGUCGGACAUUUCCCAGCCUAUCGAUACGGAACAUCAAUGAGGCCUCAAGUCAGGAUGUCACUGCUUCACUGCACAGGAAUGUCCCGUCAUGCGGUGUGUGGCGGGGCAAAGGGGAGAAGGAGAGUGUGUCUCUGAGAGCAAGAACACACUCUGCCUCCUUUCAGACUGCAGACACUGGAUCUUACAGCGGAGUUUCCAACCUGUUCAGGGCAGCAAGUGUCCCUGAUGUGGUGGGAAGGAGUCCAAAGUCAGCCUUUUCUUCCACCACCAUCAUAGUUCAGAGGAAUUUGCCAUCACAUUCCAACCCACGGGACCCUGUGUCUCCAUCCACUCCAACACGGCCUGUGAAGAUAUCAACUCUAGCAGAAUCACAUGAACCGUUGAGAGGAAGACCCUCAACCGCACCCAUGAGCACAACGGGUGUCUCGAACUCUCAUCCGGGCGCGUGUCGAGAGAUUCCUUCCAUCGCAACGCCAAAUGAGUUCAGACAGGCCCGGUCGCCAGCUGACGGAUUGGCGGCGAGACAUCGAGGAAAGAGGACGGAGGCACUUGAACAGAGCGAGAGAGGCGCCUCGCUCACGAACCUCCUCGCGGCCUUCCUACCGGUCUUGCGUUCAUCUCGAGGUUCCACUGAGAUCCACGAGUUCCGUUUUGUUUCUGGACAAGUCACUUUACAUUUCCCUCGUGGAACUCGAGGGAAGAAGGGCAGUUCAACCCACUUUGUACAGGUCCACCUUGUCUGUUCGCUUUGGCGUCUCGUCCCGUCGCCGAUCCUCAAAGGAUAGCAAACCAGCACGAAUAAAUGAGGGUUACGGGAGACGCAAAGAGGCCACGUUGGGACGGAACAAACGCAAUGUCCGAGAGACUGAGUCGGGUCACCGCAGAAGCCCUCUAUCAGAGCACGGGGCCCACAAGGUCGAGCAGAUCGCGCUCACGCAUGAUGUUAACAGCGAUUCAGACACGCGGGGCCACGACGCUACUUUGGGAUUAUUGUCACUCCGAGGGCUGAGCCCCUCAAACACAAAGGCUGGCAGGCGGGAGGAGAAUGCAGAUGAGGCCGCCUUCUCUCUCCGGAGCAAUUUCAGCCACAGGCAACACACUUUUAAUUCUGGCCAAGUGGACUUCAGGACUUGGACCAAGCAAGCAGGGAGUGACAAGACAGAGGCCCGACAAGAACGUGGCUCUUCCUCAGAGCCUCAAAAAGUCUCCGAGAAGACUUCCUGGCUGAAGGAUGAUUUCCUGGAAGGAACAUCCCACAACCUCAGCCUCAAAGAGGCGUUAGAGCUCCUCCGGCCGGACUUCAUCAGUCACUCUCAAGGUCGUGUGAGGAGGUUGGAGCAGAGGGCGAGGAGAAGGAGCUCCAUGCAGGAUUCCAAUCCAGACCUCGCCGAGGGCCUCAGGGAGGAUCGAGGCAAAGAAAAGAGGAAGUGCACCACACCGGAUCCGCACAGUGAUAACCUUUUCAAGCCUAGAGAGAGGACGAUAUCAGGCAAAGAGAUGCAGCUGAGGUCCAGACGGAUUUACAACCAGCUGCCUGAGGUGACACAGAAAAAAGAGGAGGAGAAAAAGAGGGCUGUAUCACAAACCAACAGAUUGCGAGCAGAUGUUUUUAAAAAGAGACUUCUGGACCAGAUCCUGCAAAGAUAAAUGGGGAGACACCCAAACAUAAACUGGCCAUUCUGGCUCUUCACUUUUCUCCAUGUAUGCAUUUUACUCCAUACCAUGUUCAUUCAGCGUAUCUCUGUGCUCAUCGUAUCCUGACUGAUUUACAAUGCAAAGCAACAACAGAAAGGAAAAUACUGUAUGUUUAGAAGUAGCUUUGGCACCAGCUUUUGACUUAAUUUUGUUAUAUUUGUAUAUUUCUGUCUAUAUCAAAAUGGAAAAUAUAGAAACAUGUAAAUGUUAUGGACCAAAAUAAUACUGUAAAAGUAUUCAAUGAAAAUUGUACAUGAUGCAUUCAUAUGCUUAAAAGUAUUGUUUUAGGCAGACAUUGACAAAGCCCAACCUUCUCACUAACACACUCAUAAUAAAGACAUAUAUUUGAAAAUA